AUGCGGAUAGUCCAUGCGCCCAAUGCCAUCCGGGCAAUGCCUGUAUUCAGCCAGGCGACGAUCUCGAAAGGCUUCGUAUUCGUCAGCGGAAACAUCGGCUGCGAUAACGACUUCAAGGUCAUUGAAGGAGGGGUGCAACCGCAGACUCGUGCAGCACUCGAGAACAUGAAGAAGGUCCUGGCUUCGGCCGGCUGCGAAAUGAAGCAUAUCGUCAAGGCCAACAUAUAUCUGACCGAUGUCACUCGCGACUUCCGUCCCAUGAACGAAGUGUACAAGGAGUACUUCGAAGAGGGCAAGAUGCCUGCGCGGACGUGUGUCGGGGUGUCGCAGCUUCCUCUUCCGGGCGCGGUGGUCGAGAUCGAAUGCACUGCGGAGCUACCAGAGGCAUGA